AUGACAUCCUCAAAAUCGUCCACGUCGCCCUUCUUAGGGGAGAAGCAAGACGAUGACAUUCGAGCACGUGUUCAAUUACCUCGAAGGGAACCAAGCUGGGGUUGGCGCCGUCUGAGUGCGGUGGUCUUAACCGUCAUAUCUGGUGUUUUAAUCAUUGGCCAUUUCGGACAUGGCCCGAUUCACUAUGGUUACCGUCAUCCGGACUCGGGAAAUCAAGCGCUGCCAGGGCCUCCCGAUGGGUGGACAGAAUGGUCUAGUAUCGUACCGAGCGAGAAGCUCAUCUGGCAGCCGUGCUUCGCGAUCUACGGUGACAGUUUCAAGUGCGCUCGGCUGACCGUACCUAUGGAUUAUCACCGACCGCUAAACCAGUCAGCGGACAAUCCGAAGGUGCACAUAGCUCUGGUCUUAAAGCCCGGUAUUAACCGUACCGAGAACCCAUCAUCUUACUCGGAAUCCCCACUACUCAUUAAUCCUGGCGGUCCCGGAGGUAGCGGAGCGAUUUUCGCCUUGUUUUCGGCGCAAGCGCUUCAAACAGUCAUUGGCGGAGAUCGUGACGUUAUCGGCUUCGAUCCACGUGGAGUCGGUGCUACUACGCCUAAGGCGGAUUGUUUCGCAGCUCCUGAUGAUCCUUUUGGACUUGACGGACGCAAUGUUGCUUUGAUGAACCGGCUAAGCUGGAUUGCAUCAGGCCAUAUCAUCGGUCUCGUUAACUCAAGCAAUGUCGCACUCAACAAGCUUGAUGUUAGGUCAAGAGCACUUGCUAAGCUCUGUAAAAGAAGGGAUGAAGCUGAAGGGGAUAGUAGCAUCUUCCGAUACUCCAAUACUCCAAAUGUAGCGCGAGAUAUGCUCUCGAUCGUUCAUGCUUGGGAUGAAUGGAGAUCAGGUUCCGACGCCAAGUCCACGGAAGAGCCAGAGACUGUAGAUGAAACACAGAUCAACUCUGAAAUAGAGUCCAAGGACAGUACCAAGGGGAAGCUCGUUUACUGGGGUUUCUCCUACGGUACACUCCUCGGGGCCACAUUUGCGUCUAUGUUUCCAGACAAAGUUGGUCGAGUUAUUCUAGAUGGCGUUGUGGAUGCUGAUCACUACGUCAGCCCGAUGUUAGGAGACGGUAUCCUUGAUGCUGACGCGAUAUGGGAACAAUUCUUUAUUUAUUGUGCUGAGGCAGGGCCAAAGUGUCAGUUUUACCGGCUCGGAGACAAUCCCGGAGAUAUCAAGGAACGUUUUGAUUAUAUCAUGAACUGGUUAGAGAAAGAGCCCGCAAUUGUCUUACCCUCGCAGUCAAAUUUGCCUGUCUUGAUAACGGCUGGCGACUUCAAGCUCAUCAUAUUUUCAGCAUUGUACUACCCAGUUGUUGCAUUCCCUGCCGUGGCUAUACUUCUUCAAACCCUCAUCGACAACCGGCUUGACAAGACAGUAGGCAAUCCGGCACCGGGGAUGUUUUGUCAAAACUUAACAUUACCUCAAUGGCCAGAUGAUGCCCAGAAGGUAAUCUCGUGUAGUGACAAGCGAUAUAAGCUAAAUGAAGACCCCGACGCGCUCCAGCGGCGUUUUGAGAAGAUGGCUUCUUAUUCCUCAUUCGCCGACGUUUGGAUGGGUGUCGACCUCAAUCUGGGUUGCAGCGGGUGGGAAAUUGAGGCAAAAGAUCCGCCAAUGCGAUGGGACGACCAUCCGAUUCAUAAACCAAAAGCCAUUGAAACCAGUUUCCCCGUGUUAUUCCUAUCGAAUCAUCUCGACCCUGUCACUCCUCUGCACCAUGCUCUGAAAAUGACGCGCAAGUUUUCGGAAGCGAGCCUUGUAGAGCAAAAGGCGGAGGGCCACUGCACCAUAGCGUGCGUCUCACUCUGCACUAUAGGACAUAUCCAAGCAUACCUCAACCACGGAGUUGUGCCGCCCGUGCCAAAAUACGAUUCGGAUGAUGAAGGCGAAUGGACAACUUGUGAGUGCCAUGAAAAGCCUUGGAAGUCGCUUAACGAUAUGGCUGUGACGCGCAACUCGAACGGUGGCUCUCAGUCAGAAACCGGCAGCGAAAGCGAACUAUUAAUUGGGAAGACGGCUGAGGAGUUGGAGAUCAUGGAGGCUUACCGCCACCUACGAAACCGAUUUAUCGAAUUUACGAUAUCUCAGCAACAAUUCGGAGACCGAAAUCCGCUCCGAACUGCGCAUCUAGAUAACUUGGCUUUCAUGAACAAGGAGCAAGCUAGCUGUAGCAAGCUAUAA